AUGCGGCCCUUGGACCUGGAGCAGGUGGAAGCCCCGGAGGAGGUGGAAGUGCUGGAGCCCGAGGAGGACUUCGAGCAGUUCCUGCUCCCGGUCAUCAACGAGAUGCGGGAGGACAUCGCGGCGCUCACGCGGGAGCACGGGAGAGCCUACAUGCGGAACCGGAGCAAGUUGUGGGAGAUGGACAAUAUGCUCAUCCAGAUCAAGACGCAGGUGGAGGCCUCGGAGGAGAGCGCGCUCAAUCAUCUUCAGAAUCCGAACGACGGCGUCGAGGGCAGAGUGACCAAAAGGUGCGAGAAGGCCGAGGAGAAGGCCAAGGAGAUCGCGAAGAUGGCAGAGAUGCUGGUGCAGCUGGUCCGUCGGAUAGAGAAAAGCAGUCGUCCUCAGGAGGGUGGGCGGUAA